UAGAACCUGGAUAGAAGACACCUGAAUGUAAACCGAAAGUAAAGGUUUUUAUGACCCUAGAAUCAUUAUAACCACAGAUGGGUAUGUUUUCUUGCCCAGUGGACAUCCCAAGUUGGAAUCUGGCAUCACACAGAUUACAAUGUGUAGAACCUAACUACUAUCACUGUCUGACAAAUGAAAAUGACGGCGCAACAGAGCAGUGCCUUAGCAGAGUCUGGAUUCAAAAAGAAAUGUGCCCAGAGUACAACUCAGAGGCUGGUAGGAUCGAUGCUACAGCAUGUUUAUCUGAAGGUUGUCCUAACAGCACAUUCUGGUCUAAUGAAGUCUACAAAUUUUCCAUGUGCCUGGAUAGGUAUAAAUUAACAAGCACACACAGUUUUCAAUCCAUGACUACAACAGAAGCUGACCUUCAAAGUCCAACCACUCUCAUCGUUAUUAUUGUCGCAUGCCUAGUACUUCUGAUAUUCAUUAUCUCAGCUGUGAUAUGUGUGGUUUUGAGGAGGAAAAAACACAAAAGUGCAUGUAACAAUCAAAACACAGAGGAAGGUACAUGUACUCCCCUCAACGAUGCAGAUAUGAAGACUAUGGUAAAUAUCGAAGAAAAUAAGAAAAUAUAUUCCAGGGAAAGAGAUCUAGCAAUGAUAAAGACGCGAGAAAAAGCCAUGAAACCCUAUGAAGCAGAAACAGAGAGCAUGCAACUCAUCAUGAAUGACAAAGAAGAGAAAGAAAACUACACUGCUAUAGAUUUUAAUAUCUCACGUGUAUGGGUAAUUGUUAGCAACAGUAAUAUAAAGACUGCCGCAAAACUCCAGACCAUAAGUCAAAAGCAUAGUGACUCAGAGCUUUCAUACAUUGGCAUCCAAAGAAACUGGAAAGUUGACUUACCACUUAAGAAGGUCAUCAUAUUCCGCUCCGAUUAUUUCUCGACUCUUGACGAGAUCACAAAAGAUUUGGAUGAACUUUAUGAGUAUUUACAAACUCAGCAGAAACUCUGUUUGGUGUUUGAGAUUACUCAAGAGAAGUGGCGUAUUCUGAGAAAGGAAGAUAAACUGAUGCAACUAGCAAAAGUAAUUCGUAUCUCAUGAAAGAUAAAAAAACAAUAACACACCUAUAGAUAAAACUAAUGUUUAAAAAAUCAUUGAAUAAAGUUGUUAGUUUUAGCAAAAAUGAACUAAUCUAAAAAUUACACAGCAGAGGUAUUGCUCGAAGGUUUUUUCCCCCAUAACCUUCAUUAAAGAUUCAACAAUACAAUUUACCUUAACAUACUUUGAACAUUUCGGUAUAUAGCUAGAUAAAUUCCGUACUAGUUAUUCAACCUUCACAUUCAAUUAGUAAAAAAAUUAUUUAAGCAUUCUAAAUUCAAAUGUCUUAUCGCUUACUUUGACAAAAAAGUAACGCUUUUCAAUAUGAAACAUUUGACUUAAAUUAGUUAUCUGUUUAUGGCCUUGAAACAUGUAUUCUCAUUAAUAACAGCUCUUACUUUUUCUGUCAAUCAAUUGAAUUUGUUUUACCUAAUUGAGUAUUGAUCUGUGUAAUUUUCGUAGAGUCCCUGUUUAUCUAUUAAUUUUAUGAUAGUGAACCAGAUGUUUGUCUUAUGUUUUUAAAACUGUGCUAGCUCAGACUGAUUGUACGCGAGGCUUUAAAUCAUUAUUUUUAAAUUCAAAUAAUUACGUUUUUGCACACAUGCCUUUAAGGUUAUCAAUUUGAAAAAUUUCCAAAACGUGAAUAGAAGCGAAAGUAUGAUAUGAGUCUUUAUACGUUUUAACAUAUUCAUUUUUUGUCAUCAAUUUGGAAAUUUUACAAAAAAAAUUAAGCUACCAGUUUAUAGCGAAAGUAAGAUAGCAGUUGAUACACAUGUCAUGUACAAAAAGUGCAUGGUUGAAAUACAAUAAAUGGCAGGUGUUCAUAUUUAAUCAAUAUGACUACCACUUAGUGAAACAGACUUUGCUCAGUGUUAAAUAUACACUCAUUUUGAACGCCGAGGUAGUAAAUUAGACACGUGAUUCACCUUUACAAGGCAUAUGAUUAUCUAUAACUUCCUGAACUCGUGAUGUUUAUAGGCAGAGAGUAAAAUGUUGAGUGCCUUAAAAAUAUUAAUAUUAUUGCCUGUUUGUAAGAGAGUUUCUGAGGAUGUGUGUGUGUAACAAUGUUUCAAAUUUUAUAUGGACAAAGGUUUAAUAUGUUUUGCUUUCCAUUCACGAUACUAUUAUUUCUGGUUUUAUGUAUUUUUUUCGGAGAAUUAUUAAGUGGUGUAAAUGGUGAAGUGUUGUCAAAUCGAAUUUAGAAAAUAUUAAUUAGACUGUUAUACGCCCUUACACCUUAUUUAUUCUUAUAUAUAUUGGGUAUCCGUAAUAACUAAAUUUCUUUGUGCCUUCUAUAUUCAUAUUUUUGUCACUUUAGUUAAUGAAGGUAAUUAUAUGUAUAAAUA